UCGUAACCAGGCCUACGAGGCUUCGCUCAUGCGUCAUGCUCAUUCAAUCAUUCAUGAUUCAUUGUAUUCAGCCUCAUCUGCGUAGCUGUGUUCAUGUGAACUGGGUCCUUUGGAUUUACCUUAGAUUCUGCAAAUUAUUCGUUUUAUCACGUUGUUAAUUGUUUGUGGAUUUAUAUUUAAUUAUUUUUUGAUAACUUUUUCGUACAUUUCGUCAUUCCUGUCGCCUUUAAUUUCACUGUAACAACGCUCGUAGGUAAGCGAGAAGCAACAUUUGCAGCUGCCUAGAUAUUCCAAUCAGAUUGAAUUGAGAUCUUCUUUGCAUGUUACCGAAUCAAGAUUAGAAAAUGGCCGAAACCAGUUCUCGAGUUUACGAUCUUACUUAUCCGAGUCCUGUGAGACUGAAAGAAAUCUCUGCUAUCGCGCUCGUUGCGGAAUUAUGGCGUAAAGAAAUCGCAUCCAAUGAAAUUCCAACUUGGGAUGAAUUAAAAUUAGCGAAUGAUAUGGUGCUGAACAAGAUAACCCCCAAUAUUCCAUCAACGAUUUGCGAUUUACUGGUCAAAUUCAUCACCAAGUUCCGCGUAUCAAUAACUCAUUGGAUAGAGUACCAUUCGAUCAAUGUAUUAUUCGAUAACGAUUACAAUAGUUACAUUGAGCUGUUGAACAAGUUCCAUGAUUUUGUAUGGGACUGGAAUAGUGAUAUUCAUUAUAUCCGGACGGCGAAACGAAUGAUGCUGUGUGAUCAGUUCACUGCUGUUGAGAAAUUCAAAAUUGCUUGUUGGUACUGCUUUGAAGAUGAUAUUGAACAAAUUUGGCCAUUUGCCAGCUUGGACAUCAAUUUGGCUCAAAUUGAUUUUUACGAUCGCCCAUUGCCGUACUACUGGAUUUGCUGUCUUCGAAACGAACUACACAAUAUACCGAAUCCUCACGUUGAACCAAUCGAUGAGUUGAUGCUUGACAAUUGUGAACGUGGGAGCUUUUCUUCUCUCGAGUACUUUGGAAUCGUAUACCCUACGAAAGUCGAUCGCAAGCAACCAUCUCUAUGUCUAUUUGCCAAUCCGGUUCAUUCGUUAGGUUCAUUUUACCAAGAUUGGACGAUUUCCAAUUGGAAGAAUUUCUCGCUGAAAGAGGUGUUGAUUUCAUGUUUUCUUUGAUGAUCGAGUACGUACACGUACACAAAAUCUACGUUCUUCCUGCUUGGAUGUGCAUCAGAAACAAAAUUAGCAGUAGUCAGUUCAUCGAAUUAAUCCAGAAUUUGCUGAUUGAUGAGUCGAAUAUUUUCACCGAGAAGUCCAAAGAUGAAGUUUAUUUAUGCUGCGAAGUAUGGAAAAAUUCUCCGGAGAAUUUGAAGCGAUCGGCAUUGAAUGAUUUGUUAUUGAAUGAAAGAUUGUUCAACAGAAUGAGUACAGGGCCACACAACCCUAGACAAAUGAGAUUCCUAAUCACAGUUCUAUUGGAUGCCAGUUUCGAACAAAGGCAGAUAUUUUGGUGCAAAAAUUGGCGUAAUUUGAUCGCAGGUGCUCGUGUCGAAGAUCUACAAGUAGUAAUGAAGUUAUGUUUUUGUGACGAAAACGAUAUAAGCUCGUUUAAAGAGCAAUGUAUGUCUAAAUACGAAAAUAUCGGCCCGUAUUGCGUCGAAGCGCUAAAAGAAGGAUGUUUCGAAGAAUUGAGCGAGUUUUUGUAUUUUUGUUAUUCUGACAAGCAAAACGUGAAAGAGUUGAAACAGCAACUGUUGGAGUCAAAUUUUCUCGGUGAAAAUUCUAUUCUGCGUUUCCAUGUUUUCCUUUCUUAUUAUAAAGAGUUGAACGCGUUCGUCGAAGAUGCUUUUGAGGACGUCGAUCUUCGUGCUGAAUUCAAAAAUCAAUUCGUUUCAUCGCCUGUAACUGAAAAUCACUUAUCCAAAUGCAUUCGUGACGGCGACUUUGGUUGUCUGAUAGGAUUCGUUGAAACAUUUGUACCCGAAGAACGAGUUUAUCCUUUUUUGAAGCAACGUUUAUUGGUAAAUUCAAACAGUCUUUCUCAGUAGGUGAUAUUGAGUUGGAGCGAUGGGGAUCAUUGGGGCGGUUAUACAAUACCCUGAUAAGCUGAUUUUUGAAUUUGUAUUGUAAUUAUAAUGCUGAAGAGAUACGAAGAAUUAAUUAUAAGUAGUGGUACUCCGAUAGGUUGAAGGUGUUCGGUUACUGAUAAUUACCUAUAUAUUAUUUCUUGAAACUAUUUCGUGUUCAGAUACCAAUUUACGUGUGACCUUUUUUGAAUGACUGCAGCAUUUUAUUAGUUUUUUGUUUUUAUUAUUAUGAUAUUCAGUAUGUACUAUUAAUUUUGUUUUUACAUAUGAAGUUGUAAUGAUGAUUUUAUUAUUUUAUUUUAUUAUUCGUAAGGUAUUAAACCCGUUGAGUUAUUGA